GAUAAAGACACAUUGCCUGUGUCUAGAUUCAAAGUCUUCAUUUCAUAUUAUAUAACAGCAUCUAAAAGUUUCAUUAGAUGACUUCAGAAAAAAUCCUGUUUGUGUUUGACUUUGAUCACACGGUGAUUGAUGAUAAUAGUGACUUGUAUUGUAAACGACUGGCCCCCGGCGGGAAGAUUCCCCAGGAAAUCGAGGAAACCUAUAGUGACCUGGGUUGGACCCAUUAUAUGGGACUUAUAUUUGAUUACCUCCACACACAUGGCGUUACAGCUAAACAGUACCGAGAAUGCAUGAACGAAAUUCCGCUGACGGAUGGCAUGCGAGAACUCAUCGAACAUGUAGCCGAAAAAGGCCAUGAAUGUAUAAUUGUUUCCGAUGCGAAUUCGGAGUUUAUUGAUUAUAUUUUAACUGAAACCGGUCUUAAAAAUGCUUUUUCCCGAGUGUAUACAAAUCCUGCCAAAUAUGACGCUGAGGGAAGAUUGACUAUAGAGUAUUACCACACCCAGGACUGGUGUGAUCUAAGUACUGUCAACCUGUGUAAGGGUCAAAUAGUGGUGGAUCAUAAAGAAACACAGGAGCGGGAAGGAACACAAUAUAAGUGUGUCGUACUGGUUGGGGACGGAAAUAACGACUUUUGUCCCGCACUCCGCCUGUCGGAAAAAGAUGUGGUUUGUCCGAGAAUUAACUACAGGCUCUGGAAGAAGAUCCAAAAGUUGAAGUCUGAAUCAGAGGAAGGAAAGGAUGGACUGAAAAUACAAGCUCAGGGCGUAAACUGGACUUCCGGAUUAGAAAUUCUAGAAUUUUUGAAAACAUUGAAUUGAUAGCAACUAAUGAUUGAUGGUUUUGGUGGUUAUGGUGCAAGUAAUCUUAUGUGAUUCAAUGUUUUACUUACAUUGUAGAUACUAUGUUAUUUCAACAAAUUAAAAAGGAUAUGUAUAAUUAUUGUUAUUAACCUAAAUCUCAAAAGUAAAAAUUGAAAUAAAAAGUUCUCUGCAAUA